GAUUUUGGGAUGACUGUCAAUAAAAGUUAAUCAAUUCGUAUUGCCACACACACACACACACGAAACCGAAGGAGAUAAGAGCGGCAAAACCACGGAGUCGUCGUGACUCGGUGACAUAAAUCGUUUUGAGAAAUGGUAGUUGCGGCUGCAUCCACUUCCUUUUCAUUCUCGUCCGCCGUUUUCACGCGCCGUCGCAGCUUCAGACGUGUUUCAGUACCUCGAGUAAGCGCCACUCUUUCUCAGGAGCCCUCUCCUCUUCUCCGAGCUGCUCACCACACCGUGGAUAGUUACGUGAAGAGUGGUAUGGUUAUUGGUUUAGGAUCCGGAGAAGCUUCGGACUUGGCUAUACGUUAUUUGGGUCAUCAACUUCGUUCUGGUUCUAUACAAAAUGUUGUUGGUGUACCAAUGUCUGCUCGAAGUGCGAGCGAAGCAGCAAAGUUUGGAGUCCCCUUGAAACAUUUCCGGGAUGAUUUUCAGAUUGAUUUUGCAUUCCAUGACGCUGAUGCUGUAGAAGAGGGUACGCUUAUCUCAGUUAUCGGGAGACCGAGAACAACACAGGAAGAUGACUAUAUUCUGCGACAAAAGUCUAUUGUGAAAGCAGCUGUUGAGGCAGUCUUCAUGAUAAAGGAUGAGCAAUACAAGUCUGGCCUUGAAGGAUCUAUCCCUGUCUUAGUUCAAUCUCUAAAUUGGUUAGCUACAGCUGAGGAGAUAGAUGACUUGUACUUAGGAGACGCAGAGGUGUGGAGAAGAGCUUCUGUAGGAGAUGCAGGCCCUCUUGGAGGAGACUUUCCUAUUGUCACAAGUGAUGGUCACAACAUUCUUGAUGUUAUCUUCACAACUCCUAUCCCAAGCCUCGCUGACGUGGGUAAAAGCCUGGAUACGAUUGAUGGGGUUGUGGACCAUGGAAUUGUUAUGAAAAACAGAUGCAGGGUGGUGAUCGCCGGAGAGACAGAAGUAAGAACUGUUAGUUUGCAGACAAGUGCAGUGGAAGGUGGUGUAUGAAAUUAUGGGGGAGACUUUGCAGAAGUUGUUGAUUCCAUAAGACAGUGAGAGGUUGGACUAAAACUGCUGUUAGGAUUGCCAUUCAAACCCAUGAGGGAACUGUUCUACACAUAGUACCCUAAGUUAUAGAGCAAUAAUGCAACUUUUAUAACUAUACUAUUAUAACAUCAGUAACUUCAUUUUUAGAGAAAUCACCAACAUAAACCCGGGAGAUUAGAUUCUUAGAGCUCCAGUGACAAGAUAAGGCUCAAGCAUUUUAUAACUGACCAAAGAGUUUAUAAAAGAAAACAAUCACACGACAAUAUUGAACCUUCUAUUAUAUUGAGCAGAAAAAAUGUCUGCAAGCUUUUGGCAUGAGUAAACAAUGAUUCAAUUAUAUAUACGUCCUGACGAUGUGUAAGCCUGUUGAAGUAAGAGACUGCAGAAGCUAAUUUAGGCUUUAGUUGCUAAGUGAGACUCUCUCUACACUUGUAAGGUGUUGGUUAUACAACUUAUAUUGAUAUUUAAUGUGGGUUCAACUAUAACUUGAGAUAAGGUAAGAAAAAUUCCAAGAAAAAUCAACAAAUGGUGGAGCCUACAGUACACUAAAGAAGGCAAUGAGUUAGUGCAAUAAAGUUUCCGUGAAACUUCCGCGAAGCCUCCUCUGUUGCUAGCAUCAAUCAACACGUAGAAAGCUUCUUUGGUAAGUUUUCCUCCACAUAUCCCUUUAUAAAGCGCUGUGAGCUUCUUCUUUUUUCCAUCAAACUAGUGGGUUCUUCUCUUUUUCCACAAGCUGGUUUCUCCUACAAAGAGCUUAUUUAUUCACUCUUUUGGAUACAACUUGUUUGGUGGUUUAUAAAAAAUUCAGAUUCCAAACGAACAACAAAAUUAAGUAUUUUCUUCUUCAUGACUUCUUCCUUCUUCUUUAUCUCACAACUGUUUCCAUCUUGUCUUCGCGAACUUCCUCUAGAAGAUGUGUGAAUAGGCUUUCUAAGUCACACUCAUAAAGAGUUCAAAGAAAAGAAAUCAUACUUUCAUUGAUAAUGAAAUCAAUAGAGAGAAUGAUAAUAAGCUCUUACAUGCAAUUCAAAAAUAUAGUAUCUCUUAGAUCCUCUAAUUGCUUGUAAGAGUUGAUGACCAAUGGGUUAUCCUCUAUUGAUCUUAUCAUCAAUGAAAGGUAUGAUUCCCUUUUUUUGAAAUUCUUUGUAAAUGUGACUGAAAAAGCUUUUAUAUACAUCUUCUCCGCGGAAGCUCAUGAAAACAAGGUAGAACCAAUUGUGGACAGAGAAGGAAGACAUGAGAAGGUAGAACCAUGAAGAUAAAUUCGCUGUUACGACUAGAUCUUGAUGAGGUGUGAAUAGUCAAUUUGACCAGUUAAGUAUGCAUCCAUCCUAUUCGAAAACGCAGCGGCGAUUUGGCUCUAUGCGGAAGAUUAGGCGGUGUGGUAGAAAAGUUGAGUUUUUUUUUUGUUAAUCUGAAGUCGAGAAUCAGUUAUAUGUGAUAGAUCUACAAGAUUAAAGUGCAAAACUACAGUUAAAACCCAAAAGAUUUGAAGAUUA